GUUCCGCUUACAUGGCUGUCCUAUUUCAACGCAAGAAGGUCUAACAGAAAAAAAUCUCUCUCUCUCUCCUUUUUGGCUUAAUGCUAAAUUGCAAGAUUUCCUUUGAGAUGGACCCCCAUACGUUUCGCCUUUCCCAAGUCCCAGCAGAAGAACCAGUUGGUUUGGCCCCAGUGGAUCAGCUCAGUGCCUUCUCUAGGAGAAGAUGCAUAUGGUCAGCCUCCAUGAAAGCUUCAGUAGAAGUGACUACUCUGCUCAUGGACAUUGAAGAGUGCAACAGACAGAUGUUUCGUUCCGAUGCUCGUCCUUUGGGAGAACGUCCCUGGCAGACUCUGUUCCAGCUGGGAGAGGCUGCUCAGAGAUGGCUAAGACCACAGGACCGCACCAAAGGACAGAUUGUGGACGUGGUCAUCUUGGAGCAGUUUCUGCAUGUGCUUCCUUUGGGAAUGCAGGCUUGGGUCAGAGCCAGGAAGCCAAGUACCAGUCAUGAGGCAGCUCAGCUGGCUGAAGCUUACCUGGAGCAACAGUACCCUGUGGCUUUCCAAGAUGUGGCUGUAUAUUUCACCCCAGAGGAGUGGGAUCUUCUGGAUAAUGAACAAAGAAUUUUGUAUUACACGGUCAUGCAAGAGAAUUCUGAGAACGUGACCUCCUUAGAGCUCUUAAUUUCCAAACCAGAUCCAUGUCUCCAGCUUGACUGGGGAGAAGUAUCACUGACAGCUGAUCUCCAGACAGUGAAAGGAAAAGUCACUAUUGAUCAAGGGAUUGUAAAUUGUGAGGACGUAACUGUGAUUGAAAAUGUGGAUACAAGAAAGAAUGGUCAUCAAGAGAACCCUGGAGCAGAGCAAUUUCAUGAACCAUUGCAGUGGGAUAUUUCCUUUGGUCCCAAACCUUCUGAAAAAAUGGGGAUCAAACCCAGAAGGUGGCAGGAGUUAUCGCAGGAGUUAUCCCAAGCUUCCAAGGCUAACAAGAAAAUACCUAGAAGUAGCUCCCGGUUAGCUACUAUUGCAACAAGAAAAAAAUAUGGAUGUUAUGAGUGUGGAAAAAGGUUUGAUCAGCCGUCACAUGUUAUUAAACACCAGAGGAUCCACACAGGAGAAAAGCUAUACCCGUGCACUGAAUGUGGGAAGCGUUUUAACAAACAGUCCAAUCUUAAUGUCCAUUUGCGGCUCCAUCGUGGAGAGAAACCUUAUAGCUGCCCUGAUUGUGGCAAAAGAUUCAAUGCCAAAUAUCAUUUACGUGUACACCACAGGAUACACACCGGGGAGAAGCCGUAUGUAUGUGAAGAUUGUGGGAAGAGAUUCCCUGUUAAAGCUUCUCUAAAUAAGCACCAACGAAUCCAUUCAGGAGACCCCAAGCCGGUCAUACCAUCUGAGAUCAAAUCAGAAGGCAAUACCCAGGCAGUAUUACCAGAAGUGAUACAGGUGUGCACAGUUCCUGACUCAGAAAAAAUAGUUAAAAUUAUCAGUACUGAUUCCCCAAUAGGGAUAACAGUGUCAAACAGGAAUUAUGUCUGUUUUGAAUGUGGAAAAUGUUUUGAACGGCCUUUACACCUUACUAAACACCUGAGGAUUCACAAAGGAGAAAGGACAUAUCCGUGUAUUGAAUGCGGGAAACGUUUUAAUAAGCAAUCUAACCUUACUGUCCAUUUACGUCUCCAUACUGGAGAGAAACCUUAUGGCUGUCCUGAAUGUGGCAAAAGAUUUUGUACUAAAUCUCAUUUACUUGGACACUAUAGGAUGCACACAGGGGAGAAGCCAUAUGAAUGUGAAGUAUGUGGGAAGAGAUUCCCUGUUAAAGCUUCUGUAAAUAAGCACCGCCGAAUCCAUAUAGGAGACCCCAAGCUAUCCAAACCAAUUGAGAUCAAAUCAAAAGGCAAUACUCAGGCAAUAUUACCAGAGGUGACACAUGUAAUUCCUGCACCAAAAAACUUCAUCGAAAAUAUAAGUAAGAAGCCCCCAAUAGGAAUUACAGUGUCAGACAGGAAUUUUGUCUGUCGUGAGUCUGGGAAAAGUUUUGAUCAAUCUUCACACCUUACUACACACCAGAGGAUACACACAGGAGAAAAGCUAUAUCCAUGUAAUGAAUGUGGGAAACGUUUUAAUAAGCAGUCUAAUCUUAAUGUCCAUUUACGUCUCCAUACUGGAGAGAAACCUUAUGGCUGUCCUGAUUGUGGCCAAAAAUUCAACAUGAAAUCCCAUCUACAAGGACACUACAGGAUCCACACAGGUGAGAAGCCAUUUCAGUGUGAAGACUGUGGGAAGAGCUUCCGGGUAAAAUCUUGUCUAACUAGGCAUCAGCAAAUCCAUACAGGAGAAAAGCCAUAUAAAUGUCUCUCCUGAGAAAAAAAAUUCAGCUAAUUAAACACCAGCUGUUUCACUCUGAGAAGAAAAGUUGCAUGUGCUUUGAAUGUCAGAAUACUUUUUGCAACAGAUCAGAUUUUAUUAAGCAUGAAAGAAUUCAGACAUGAAAAAACCCUUGUCUAUGUUGCUGUAAGCACUGGAAAUGCACUGGGAAAUAUUUCCAUGAAAUUUUUCAUAUGAUCGUUUUCCAGGAAUUCACUAAUAAUUCUCUUGCAAAUGCUUUUAUGGAGCCAGAGGGAAGCAGUGCGCGUUUGGAACUUAAAUUUUGUGUCCAUCUUCUAUAAGAACUGCAGGCCUCUUGUUUAAAAUGCCUUUUUAAGGAUUGGCCUGAAGGAGCUUAAUAAACAGUAGACAUUCCAUGUGAAAGCAUUGAUACCAUGCUGGCUGGCUUUGAUUUUCCCAGGAACAAGUGGCACUAUCUUCCAGAUAAGUAGUUCUGCACUCCAGGAUAACCUGAAACUAAGUAAUAGUUAUUGCUGUUCUCUAAAAAAGCCUCAUUUGGGACUAUGACAAACCCUUAGAUUAAUUUUGCAUUUGUUUCCCACUCAAGCAUGGCUAUUUUAUUGAAGCUUGUCUUGAAAUGAAUGAGACACUUCAGAAAAAAAUAUCCUAAAUCUGGUAGCGAUAAGACAGAAGAAGCAUUUUAAGACUUGCCUUUUGUGCUCAGCGGGAUUCAAAAUGAGAUAUAUGAAAUUUGCACAGGUUGGACAAAAUCAAAAACUGACAGAUAGAAAUGUAGACAAUCACUUCAAGAUGCUGCUUCAGGAACAUCAGUCGAAAAAGAAAGUCCCCUUCCUCCUGAGUUUUGAUUUCUGUUCCAGUCUAUUUAUUCAGCCAGAUGACUGCAUAACAGCUGGGUUCACCCAACUUGCUUAAAUUAACUGAGUCAUGAGAGGUAAUGUGUUGUGUGAACAGAAAAACUGGUAUGAUUGGCGCCCACCCAUUAGCCCUAAGAAAGUUUAUUUUUAAAUCAAGCAGUUCUAGUUUUCUGGAAAUCAAGUAGCACGUGUGUGAGUGUACAGAACACACAAUGUUUAAGCUGGAUUGUCUACGCAGCUGACCUGAAGGUUAAGUAAUACGUCUAUCUUCCAUAGCCUAGUGCUAGAGUCAACUUACAAGUUAUGAACAUUCUAGGCAUUCCACUUUUGUGGUUCUUUUGGCUUUUACCACCAGAGUCACAUAGAAACACUGAAAAAGAGAAAGAACAUAGUAGAUACGUUCAGGCCUUUAAUGUUGCCCAUGGUGGAUUGGUGGUGAUUAUGCCAGUGCAAGAUCUCCCCUCCAGCAAAACGGAAGCCCAGGAAUCCUGGCCUUUUGGGCAGCAGCUGGGAUGACUGUUGAUUUAGAUGUAGUGGCCAGACAGCUGGUGCGCCCCCAGCAAUGAAUGGAAUGGAGGAAAGUAACUGGGUGAAGGACACCAGUCAGCAGGGUUGUCUGAAAAUGAUCACCAUGUUCCACCAAGCCUCGCACUGUUGAAGGUCGCUUACUUUUGUAGAAGUCCAAUGGAGAAUAUUCACAAUUAUUUCCAUUUUCUUGUUCUACAGCCAUUCUGAUUCUUUUUUUUAAAGUGACAACUUUUCAAGUUCAGGUAAAGUUGUAAGAAACGAUUUGCCCAAAAAUAAUUAACUGUCAUUUUUUUAAUGCACAUUGAAGCCAGUUGAACCUUGUUUUUCCACUAUCUCCUGCAAUACUGUUUGUUGCUAAGUGCUGCUGUUCAAGGUAGGCUAGAUGUGGGGGUGAUAAAGAAUUGUUACUCUUUUAUUCUGCGGGGGGUGGGGAUUUGAAACACCGGCAGAAUAAUUAGGCAUUUUCCGAAUAUUUGAUCCACUGAUUCCCAAAGGAAUGAUGCCAUUCCUGACAUCAAUAGUAAACUGCAUGCUAGGUACACGUUUUAAGAAUAAAAGAAUAAAAUAUUGUAGUUGCUCCAGCAGUUCUCUGUAUGCAGCCUUUAUGUGCUUCUUACCUAUAGGUUCUUUAGCUGACUUCAGACCACUGGAAAACAUCUUGCUAAAUGUGUGAGUUCAGGGCUUUAAGUCCAGUGAUUUGUUUCAAGAGAGCCUGCACCUUGAAGUGGGCAUAGUAAAAAGAGAGAUUAAGAUACAGAUAGCUAUAAACACUGGCUAGAGUUUUCUUGCUCUCUUGUGCGGCUAGUCCCUACAACCUUGAUCUGAAACACCCUGUUUUUACCUUCAGAAAGCCUUUAAAAACCUGGAUUUUUUUUCUAGGCUUGAGGGCCUGCAUAUUGGCAGAAGCCAGCUUGCAUUCUUGCCCUGGGAUGAUGUGGUUUAUUCUUUGCCUGGCAUCUUGUGUUGUUGUUAUUUUUCUGUUAUUUUUAUAUGUAUGUUUCAGAUGUUUUAUUGGUGUCACCCAGAGCUAUUUGAUAAGAUAAAUCUAUAUAAUAAACUAAUAAACAAGCUAACUCUUGGAGAUGGUUUUCAAUUGGCUCUGAACUUUGACUAACUCACAACCUUUGAGAUGCAAAAAGUCUUUGGCACACUUUGCAUCAGGUUUUAGAAUAUGGAGCAACAGUCCUGUCUUUUAGGAUGCCUAAUCUACCAUUGCUGGGAAUCAUAGGUACAGAAUAGUACUAUGGAAUGGAAUUAUGGAAUGUGGGAAAGACCUUGGGAGACAAGGAGAGGCUGCCUAGAGAAUGGCCAGAUAAGAGGGAACUUAGACUACAGCUGGAUCCUGAGUAGAACAAGAGACUCAGAAGAGACCCUCUCUAAUUUCUCAGGCGAUAAAGGAAAUGGUGAGAGGAUUGUACUUUCAUAUUUGUAAGCUUCUGUUAAUGUAGCUUUUCUGCUUGUGCUUCCUGUGUGGUCUGCCUGUUAAGGCUGACAUCAUGCACCAAGCCAACCAUUCUCCAGCUGCAGGCUAUGCUCUCUGACUAUUCCCUAGGCUGCAUUUCUCACCAUCCCAAGGUCUUUCCUGUAUACCAUUGCAUGCCAGCAGCAUGUCCCAUGAAAUUAUACGUCCCAAAGAAAAGAAGGAUUUGUACAUUAAUAUAGCAAUUACAUUAAUACAACAUUUCUCACUCCACGGACUGGCAGCAGCAGUUGUGGCAGGGGAGGGUAUGGUUUUACAUGCACAGCCUAGUUCUCAUGCAUGUGCAAAUGAAGCUUUGCGCACUCACCCGCCACUUGUGCAGCCUGGUUACCAAUGGGCUGCAGCCCAAGGUUUGGGGACCUCUGCAUUAAUGCACCUGAAUGCCUCCCAUUCUGUGGUUUCAAAACUGAGAUAUAAGAAGAUCCUGAAUAUGAAAUUCCUUUGUUGCACUGAGCGUUUUGAGCUGGAUGAGCAUGUCCUUGUCUGCUGUAUGAAGUUAGUUAAUUAGUUCCCCACAAUGGAACAUCAUCCCCCCUGAAAUUAGUUUGGCUUGGGGCCCUGAGUGUGGAAUAGAGCCCAUUAUUUAAUCGAUAAAGUCUGGCUGCUAUGUGUUUUAUUUGUAUUUUUGAUAUUGUGUAUUUUAUAGAUUUUACUUUAUUUAUUUUACUGUAACCCCCCUAGGAUCAUAUAAAAGUGAGAUGGUUGGCUACAUACAUUGAAAGAAUUAGAAUAGAAUAGAAUAGAAUAGAAUAGAAUAGAAUAGAAUAGAAUUUUUUAUUGGCCAAGUGUGAUUGGACACACAAGGAAUUUGUCUUGGUGCGUAUGCUCUCAGUGUACUUAAAAGAAAAGAUACAUUCAUCAAGAAUUCUAAGGUACAACACUUAAUGAUAGUCAUAGGGUACAAAUAAGCAAUCAGGAAACAAUAUCAAUAUAAAUUGUAAGGAUACAAGCAACGAAGUUACAGUCAUAAGUGGAAGGAGAUGGGUGAUGGGAACGAUGAGAAGAUUAAUAGUAGUGCAGACUUAGUAAAUAGUUUGACAGUGUUGAGGGAAUUAUUUGUUUAGCAGAGUGAUGGCGUUUGGGGAAAAAAUGUUCUUGUGUCUAGUUGUUCUGGUGUGCAGUGCUCUAUAGCGUCGUUUUGAGGGUAGGAGUUGAAACAGUUUAUGUCCAGGUUGUGAGGGGUCUGUAAAUAUUUUCACAGCCCUCUUUUUGAUUCAUGCAGUAUACAGGCCCUCAAUGGAAGGCAGGUUGGUAACAAUUGUUUUUGAAUGAAUGAAUGAAUGAAUGAAUGAAUGAAUGAAUGAAUGAAUGAAUCAGCAAGGCCAACAGGGCAUACUGAUCAGGCACAUUUGCAAAUUGAACUGAUUUGACUAUAUUUCUUCGAUAACAUCCAAAAUUCUUUUUGUGUGUAUGUUACCGUAUAUAAACUUUUAUUUAUUGCAAUCUACAUUAAACUGAUAAUCUCUUAUUUUAGAUGUAUAGUUUAUUUCUACAAAAACUAUUUUAUAACUUUGUACCAUAGUAUUUAUAUUUUCUCACAUACAGUUUAUGUUAGUAUUAUUAAUUCAUAGGAAUUGGAGCUGUAAUGUUAUAAAAUAUUAAGCUACAAUAUUAAACUUCAGUUAUUGUUCAAAUGGCUGUAAUUUUUAUAUCCUCUUGGUUUUAUGUUAUCUUAUGCUGGUCUGUGACCAAAAUAAAGACUCCCAUUAUUACUGACUAAUUAAAAAUCAUUCUAGUACAGCCUUCCUGAUGAUCUAUAGAUCAUUAAGAAUUUGGUAAACCAGAUUUAGGAAAUAGAUUUAGUUUAUGUUAAUUUAAAGGAACAAAGUUGCCAAUUCUGUUCAUAGCAAAAGAGUAGCCAACAGCCAUUAAUGGCAUUUCUUGGUUCAAAACUUCCUAAAUUAGAUUUCCCCGUGUGGCUGUUUCCAGAUGUAUGCACAAUUCCUAUCUCUUUCUUUCUGGGAAGAAAUUGUUGCGCAACAAAGAAGGCAAAUAUGUGGGAUGGUUGCUAGUCCUCAGCAUUUAUCAUUUUCCAUAGAACUAAAUGGGUCUCAUUUUGCAUGCCUGCUUUUAUCUGCACAAACUAUUAUAUAUAUAUAUUAUGUUUCAUGACAGGCAAAGAAAUAAAAGUGAGGAACAUCUAUAUGUAUUUGUUUACUACUACUACUACUACUACAUUUAUUCGUUACAUUUUAGUAAGAACAUCAAAUAGAAGUAGGGCUACUAAAUAAACCCUCUUAAUUUCUUUUUUUCAAAAUUCUCUUAACCUGUCUGUUCUAUCCUUUCCUAUUGGUCAAUGGGCAUGUGUGAUGUCACAGCCCUCUUUAUUCUCCUGUGGGAGAGAGGGAGAGCUCACAAUACUGAUUAUGAAGUGUUGGGCUUUUCGGGUACUACUGUUAACUCUCAAGGUAAAGCAUUGUUCUAGCUGACCAAUCAAAGGGCAAAGGGCUAGUCCCUCAUUUGAAUACAAGUCAGUAUAUCACAGAAAAGGGAGAGACAUUACUGAGGCACUUGAUCACUACAAACUUCAGGUGAGCAUAAGCACAGAAGAUUGAGACAAUGGCUAUUGUCCAAGCGCAGAAAAAGUUACCUCAGAAGAAAUUGAGACAGAAACAGAAGAGGAAACAAGGAAGAAAUCGGCAACGAAGGAACUUGGCAAUCAGUCAAAUUAGGAAAUGUGAGAGUUUUGAGGCUAAGAUUUUUCCACCUCUUUUCCUUUCCCAACGAAAAAUGCCUCCGUCAAUGAAGGGGAAUAAAAAGGCAGUCUUUGCACAACGAUACCUCCUGGCAACACAAGACGGGGAGCAACAGUGCUACCUCAGCAAUUACUCCCAAGCCACCAUGGGCAUCAGUGAGGUGUAUCCAGCAAUUGUGUGGCAAUGCAAGCCCCCUGUGGUGAAAUGGCCAGUGACGGUGAGACAUCAGCAACAAAGUGCCCUCACCACCCACUUGUGCCAAGAUGACCCACAAAGAUAUGUCUUCAGCAGUGCCGUACCCUCACCAGUUAUCUGUGGCAAGAUGGGGACCAAACUCUGUACUCUCACCACUAAAGACCUUCAGUACGAAGUGAAUGAGAUGAUAUCCAGGCAGUUGAUACCAUGCUUGUUUGCCAGUGACACUAGCAUCUCUCCUUAUUAGCAGAGGAGUCAUGUCCUUCCUCCCUGCCUGGCCUAAACUAGUCUCUGAAGGGGAGAAGGAAGAGUACAAGUGGCCAGCCUGAGAAAAAUCCCAUCUUUCACCAAAUGGAAGACCAUCUAAAGUACCUCCCAAACCCAAUCAUUUUAAGACAACAACCUUGCCACCUACAAUAGUCAAAGAAUAUAGCAGUUCUUCACACAGAAUGGCCUUGAGAAGGAAAAUCAGCCAAGCAGAGGACACAGUUUUCAUUAGAAAAAGAUCUUACUCCUCAGGAUGUUGUACUUCCAAACAUUCAUAUUGUGACUGAAGAAUUUCCCUUCAGAAACAGCAAAAGCAACUAGUUAUUGACAUACAAAUAAAAUGGGAUUUAGAAUGAGUGACACCUGUUUAACAGUGUGGUGUAUCUUGGCCAUGUUUAUUGCAAAAUUUGGGGGUUUGCAUACAU